GACAGAAAUGCAGCGCUCGCUUGCUGUUUGGUCGUCUUGUGUGUUUUGUUGUAGAAAUAAAUUUUAAAUACCAAUUUUUAUUUGUUUCUUGUAAUUUUUUAUGAUUAAUAAAUAAUUGGUCAUAUCAUAAUAAUAAAUUAAAUAAAGUGUUAAAGAUUUUUGAUAUUCAAUAAUGGAAGAUAAAUUUAUUCUCACUUUAGAUAUUGGUACCACUACAAUUAGGGCAUACAUUUAUAAUUCUAAAGCAGAAGCGGUGGGAAAAGCAUCAGAUCAGGUUAUACUUCACUACCCUAGCCCAGGAUUUGUUGAAAUUGACCCUGAUGAGUUAUGGACUUCAAUUGUGUCUGUGGUUCAAAAGUCAUUAAAAGAUGCAGGCCUCACAGCUUCCCAAGUGACAGCAAUGGGGAUAUCCACACAACGAAGUACAUUUCUGACGUGGUCCAGACGCACAGGGAAGCCGUUCCACAGGUUCAUAACUUGGAAAGAUAUAAGAGCUAAUCAGUUAGUCAAACAGUGGAAUGAUUCUUAUAUUUGGAAGUUAAUCAGGGCUGGCUCGUACGCUCUUUACCUUGUCUCAAGAAGUAAACGUUUUCGCGCCGGCAGCGUAUUAAAAUUCAUGAACACGCAGACCACGCUGCGUCUUUGUUGGGCGCUACAAAACAUACCAGAACUGAAGGCAGCGGCAGAAAAUGAUGACGCCAUGUUUGGGACCUUGGACUGCUGGCUUUUAUAUAAAUUAACAGAUUCCAAAGUCCACAUGACCGAUGUCUCCUCAGCAUCGGCCACUGGAUUCUUCGACCCAUUUACCAUGCAGUGGGCGACCUGGGCAUUGACCCUCUUCCACAUACCAAUCACGGCCUUACCGACCGUCGUGGACACGGCUGGCGACCAUUUCACAAGCACCUCGCCGUCAAUUUGGGGAGCGUCGAUACCCAUACGGAGUUGUAUGGCAGACCAAACGGCGUCCAUGUGGGGGUCGUGUUGUUUCGACGUGGGCGACGUCAAGCUGACCAUGGGCACCGGUACCUUCUUCAACAUCAACACGGGGGUCACGCCCCACGCCAGCGUCUCUGGGCUCUACCCCAUCGUGGGAUGGCGGCUGGGCAAAGAGCUCAUCUAUUCUGCAGAAGGAGCUAACAACGACACAGCUUCGAUUAUUAAAUGGGCACAAACAUUGGGAUUAUUCGACAACCCUCAAGAAACUGCGGACAUUGCUAUGUCCGUCCCAGAUUCAGAUGGUGUAUAUUUCAUUCCGGCGUUCAGUGGUCUUGGGCCGCCGUACAACGACGGCACGGCGGCGUCAGGUUUCGUGGGCAUGAAGCCGUCGACUAGCCGCGCGCACCUCGUGCGUUCCGUGCUGGAGUCGCUGGCGUUCCGCACGCAGCAGCUGUACCAGUGUGUGCGCAGCGAGACUGACUUCCACUACGGCUGCAUCAGAUUAGACGGCGGGGUGUCCAACAAUGAUUUCAUCGCUCAGCUAGUGGCGGACCUGACAGGGCUGAGGGUGGAGCGCCCUCUUCAUGUGGAGAUGUCUUCGCAGGGCUGUGCGCAUAUAGUCGGGUUACAUUUAGGUAUAUGGAAAUCAAAAGAAGAAUUGAAAUCUUUACGCAAAAUGGGCUGUGUAUUCCAACCUCGCGCGCACGUAAGAAAGUUAUACGAAGUUUCCAUAGAAAGAUGGGAAGACGCCGUGCGGAGAUUGUGCGGGUGGUAUGGCAACACUAAAAAUAAAUCUACCCAAUCUACACCUACCAUUUCUGAUUCUAGUGGCAACUCGAUCACUCCACAGAGCAGUUUCAAGUUAUCACACGAAAACGGUCCGGCUAAAUAACGGUGGCUUUUAUAUUUGCUCGCGUUACUUGUCGCGUGCCUCCCAUUGCUUAGAUGAUAUUUAACUUGCCAUUAUUGUAAGGUUUGUUGGUAUAUUUGUAGGAUGUUUCGUUGAGGCUUUAGUGGUUUGUUCGUAGUGAGGGUUUUCUCGAUUUUUAGAUGGCGCUAGUGCCACGUGAGGUCCAAGAAGAAAACUAAAGACAACCAGGUGGCAUGACCAAAUGAUAGCACAUUUCCAUAUAACUUUCUACCUAUCUCAUACAAAGUGGCCAGAUAGGGGUUUAAAAAUUAGGCACACGAUGCGGACAUGGGAUAUUAUGCUUUGUCCCGCUAAUUUGCGUUCCUGUUGUGUAUGAGUGAAACGAGAUAUGAUGGACGUCUAUAGUUUUCUUUGUCUACGAGUCCAGUAAUGAGUUGUCAAAUUAUUCACCAAUGACAACACAUCAUUAUAUAGGCGUUUCAUCUGGUGUAACGACGUUUUGAAAACCCUCAUUCGGUAUAAAUAAGUUAUAGCAAAUAUAGGUUUUAAGUUGUUCUUUGUAGAUAAGGAUGCGUAUUAGUAUGGAGGUUGUUUUAUGUGAAAAAAGUCCUUGCGAAUAUUUCUGUUAUAUAUUACAAUAAUAUGUAUUCUAAUACAUAGCAGAAAACAUUAAAAAGUUUAUUGUUAUUUGAAAGGUUUAACGGUUGUCAGGUCGUUUCAGGGUGGGCUAGUCGUGAAGGUAUAAAAUUAGCUCGUAAGCAAUAUACUUCUUUUUUUGGAGUGGGAGAGGUGUAAUGUAAAUAGCAGAUUUAAACGACAGUUAGUAUCCAGCAAAAAGGUAAUUGGACGAACGCACUAAAGCGACGACAUAAUUUACAUUGACAGCAUAUAAACGGGUUGCUCGCUGUCACUUUACUUACAGCUUUCGUAUUAAUUUUUAAUUAAAGUUCACUUUUUAAUGAAUUUUACGUUAUUGGGUGGGUGCGGUGCGCUCUAAUUCUCUCAUGACAUAAUCGUUUAUCAUUAACUCACCAGUCACAGAAAUGUUUAUGUAAUAUGAUGGUAUUAAUUUUAGAAUAGCACUGUGAUAUAUGUAAUUUAUUUUUGAAUUUUGAUCCACUUUUGAAAAUGUUAUAAAAUUAGAUUUUAUUUUAAUUCCUAACCUAGUUUCUAUACAGACAGAAAGACAGUUAUAUUGAGUAGUUACUUGGUUCCUUAAGUCUAGUCUAUUUUGUACGAUUAGUAUUAUUUAUUACGAAUGUAUCAGGAUGUAGCAUUUCUGUGAUUGGAAUCGGAACAAUUGUUUUAUUUUAAAUAAUUAUGAAAAAAAUGUUUUUAAUAAAUACUGUGAAAAUGUAAUUGACGAUACGAAAAUAAUUUUAUUUAUAAUUUAUCCACGCGUAAUAAGAGAAAGUGCGUUUAUUUUUGUCCUUCUUUCGAGUCAAAAUGGAGCGGUAACUUAAUGUAUUUUUGUGGGUGGUGGGUGCUGAUGGUUGGAAGGGUGGAACGUUUGAUAUUUUUAGCCGCCGGCAGUAUAACUAUUGCUUGCGGUGUUUAUAAAUUAUUCCAAAUGAGGACAACACUAUGCUUAACUCACGGACUUUCUUGGGAAAAAUUAUUUGUUUUUUGAUAAAUAUUGAAUAUCAUUAUCUAUGGUAAGGUGAUAGCAACAAUGCAAUAUUGUUAUUUAAGGCUUUAGGAUGGAAGGGUUCGUCACAACUUUUUAGUGUGUUCAUUUUUAACCUUUGUAUAUCUUGAGUUUAUUUACAUGUUGUUGUUAGUGUUAUUAUUAAGAUAAUCGGUUUUUUAUUUUGUUAUUAUACUUUUUAUAUUUUCAUAUUAUGCUUUGAAAUUUAGGUGAUAUAAAUCUAAUAUUAGGUUUCGGUUUUGUGAUAUUAUAAAAACUACUUCUUUUUUAUCCAUAAAAAGUUAUACUUAUAUCAAUUAAAAUGUUUUAUCCUAUUUUUUCAAUGCCCUUUAAAAUAAGGAGGAAGAAUAUAAUCAAAAAAAAAAAGAAAACCAUGUUUGUCAAAUGCUCAAAUUUUCAUGUCAUAGUUGAGAAUUUGUAAAUAUGUAGUUUAGGGAUAAAAUGUAAAUCAAGGAUAUUAUUUAAAAAUAUAUAUCGUAAAAACUAUAAUCAUACCACAUAUGUGGGUAGCUAGCUAAAAAAAGACAAAUUGUGAUAUAAAUAUCUUGAUUUAUUUUUGGGAUAGGAGUUAGUGAAGUAAAAAAACAUCGCUUUCGUUGACACGACUUUCAUAUUAUUUCAUCAUCAUUUCAUACAUACGCUUCAACAAUACGAAUAAUACAGCUUCCACUAUUUCUAGAUAUACGAACGCCACUGUAGGAUCCUACGCUACAUGUUUUGACAAAUAAAAAUACAAGAAAAAUAAAAUUCGUCCUUUUUAUCUUAACAUUAAUUUGUAAAAUAAAAGUAAAAUAAGUUUAUUUCUUAUCUUAAUUUUUGGUGCGUUUGUCAAUAUCAGAACAUAUUUGUUUCAAAGGCAGACUGUAUUAUUAAGACACAGAAGUACUGUACUGAUAUUAUUAGUAAGAGAUAGUAAUACAUAGAAGACAAUAUGACUGUUUAAAUAUUUGAUUAGAUAUGUAAGGUUUUUUACCUUUGGCUCAAUCGUAUAUGUAUAAUGUAUAUUAGCUAUGUUGUUGUGGUUUAUUUAUUUAAGUUGUGGUCAUCUGACUUUAUUUUUAUUCCUAAAUAAAUUUAUGAUUACAUCGAAACUUGCCAUACUUCUGAAUAUGUAAAUUGAGAUUUUAUUCUACGGUAUCAAGUAUUAUUGCAAAAAAUAUUUUGGGAAUAAAUUCAGUGCGAAUAA